AUGGACGCAUUCUACAACAAGGCCGAAGCUGUACGAGUACUCGACGAGAUCAUCACGGAACGCAUAGAUGCGGCGCCAGGGCUGCAGAUGUACGGGAUGGACUCGGAAGCAGUGGAAAAAUUCGGUUUAACUAUUGUCAAAGAAGAGACCAAUGCGGCUUCAAAAUUAAUUCAAGUGAACGAACUUACCGGCGAAGCGGAAGAAGCAUUGAUAGCCAUUCAAGGAAUUGUUACGGGCUGUCUGUUACCGCCCUUUGAGCCGAAAUCAAGCCGACCCGAUGAGACGAGACGAUUGGCCCAUGCGAGGCAGAGCGUAACGAUCGCUGGACUUGGUUCAAAGUCAUUCAACACCAUCGUACAAAACUCCCGCCACAUGUACACGAUGUUUAGCCGUUACACACCGAAUGCAAAACUACAGCCAGUCCCCGAGUUCAUUGGCAAAUAUCGGGGUACUGGCGACAGCAGCACCGUCGAGUCUUCCACCAUCACGGCCAGCUCCCGCUUCUUCACGCCAGUUAAGCAAGCAUCGGGGCUCGAUAUCGUCGAUAUAAAUGCUGAACUCGAUCCGCGCGGGGUUCUCAGUAAGGUAGACGCGUCGAAGUGGGUGCACACGGAGGAUAAUGAAGUAGGGUAUUACAUCCAAACGCCUCAUGCAGACGAAAACAGGCAAAUCGGCGAUAUAGUAGAAAUCCAGGCUUCCAUGUUAAGCCUCCCAAGCAAAGGUAAUUACACAGUCAAGCUCAUUCUGCGAAGCAUUGUAUUGCUAGACGGCCAUCUUACGUCGGCAGCCACAACGGCCCGAACGCUUGCUGCGGACACAAUUGUCUUACCUCCGCCACGUCGACUCAAGCGGCAGAACCCCUACGGUGGUUACAUCGUUCAACAGGGUCAGAUUCCGCGAAAUACCAAGGCUAUCGAGGCCGAAGCAGCUCAGUAUCAGGCAGGGGAGGAAUUGGAGGAGUCUGAUUGGCACAACGUUACAAUGGAGUAA